CUGGUCAACGCCUGCCCUGACCGCCUGCUGCUCUUCCGCGUGGUGGAGGAGGAGGGCUCAGGAGCGCCGGGGCUGCGCCUACGCCGCAGCUUCCCCACGCGGCACCGGGAGCAACCGCUGCGCAGCUGCUUCUGCCCGCUGAUGUCCUUCCGCCAGGGCGCCUGCGUGGUGACGGGCAGCGAGGACGCCUGCGUGCAUUUCUUCGACGUGGGCCGCUCGGCCCGUGCCACGGUCAACACCCUGCAGGGCCACGGCCACGCCGUGCUGGCCGUCGCCUUUAACUGCGACGAGAGCCUGCUGGCCUCCAGCGACGCUGCCGGAACCGUCAUCGUCUGGCGCCGCCAGCACGCGUGACCUGACCCCCCCCCAUCUACGUUCCCCCCCUCCCCCUUCUCAUGGUAUGGCACAGACCCCCUGCUGCGUUCAACACGUGUGUUUGCAACUC